AUGGCAGCUUCGAUUCAAAACCCACGAUUGCGUCUUCUUAAUGCCCUUCGAGCUAGCUCGAAGCCUAUUAUGACAUUCCUGGGGCUUCCAUCUUUUCGCACAGCCCAAAUUGUAGCUCAAACUGGAGUCGAUGGCAUCAUCAUUGAUUGCGAGCAUGGCCACAUCAGUGAUGACUCAAUGCAUAGUUCCACCGCCGCUAUCGCUGCCCUUGGAGUGUCACCACUUGUGCGUCUCAGAAUGACUCAUGCGGAUUUGAUAAAAAGAGCAUUAGACGCAGGUGCACACGGAAUCAUUGUUCCCCAAAUAAAUACCGCUGAAGAAGCGAUUACAGUUGUGAACAACUCAAAAUUCCCGCCUCAAGGGCUUCGAGGCCAAGGCUCCGCAUUUCCGGCCAUCACCCAUGGUAUCGAUAUCCCAACGUACCUGAAAACAGCGAAUGACACACUCAUCACUUGUCUUCAAAUUGAAUCAAAAAGAGGUGUCGAGAAUGUGGAAGCCAUAUGCGCUGUGCCAGGAGUCGAUAUGCUGUUCAUUGGACCUAACGACCUGGCCCUAUCAAUCCUUGGAUACGUGCCUGCUAAAGGUGACGAGCCCGAGUUUGUCGAUGCUAUCCACAACAUUGUAGCAGCGGCGCGAAAACACGGCAAGUGGGUUGGUCGACUAUCGAAUGAUGGAGUUUCAAGUAGAGAGCAUUUGAAGGUAUUUGACACUGUAGCCUUGAGUUAUGAUAUACGGGCUCUUCAGAAUUGGUAUACCACUGAGCUGCAAAUUGCACGCUCCUGA